AUGUUCUUCAGAGGAAGUUCCUGGCUUUGGUUACACCUUAGAACAGGUAUCAUUCUAGGAAGUAUGCUAAGUAGCUCCCAGCAACAAGGAAAAAAACAUUGUUACCAACUGAAUAGAUUUCCCUGCAUCUUGGAGGAAGCAAAAAAUUACUGUUAUGCCCAAGGAGGGCACCUUGCUUAUACUUGGAACCAGGAUGUUGAAGGGCUUCUAUCAAACUAUCUGGAGAACGGGAAGAAAUGGUGGAUUGGGCAAAACAUAAUGCUGCCGAGGAAACCUCAAGAUAAAAACAACCCAGCAGAUGGUGCAGACUCCUGGGCCAUAAAGCCCAACAGGUGCACUUGUAUGUCUAGAAGCUUCAACAGGCUCUCAUUAGAAAAGGACUUAUGCUCACAGGCGCAUUAUUUCAUUUGUCAGGCUGGUAACUUUUCAGACCAAUAUGUCAGCUAUGGAAAUAAUUCUCAUAUACAUAAGAGAACCAAGAAUGAAAAAAGAAAAGUUGAAAUAGCAAGAAACAGAAUGACCUCAGGUACUGAUCUCUCAAUCUCAUGCCAUCAACCUAUUGAUGCUAAUCUUUCCAAGAUCCUGUGCCAUUCUAUCACUCCACCUCCUUCAGUGCCUCCCACCAUCACACAGCAGAUACCACCAGUCUCAUCUGCACCUGUGAGCUUGCCUCACUCUGUGACAUCGGAGCCCACCAGAUCUGCAUCUAUUACACAUGCUGGAAAAUCUCUUCUGAAAAUAACCUCCAGCCACAAAGAAGAUGUCCAUCCAGACAUCUUCGCCACUCUUCUCCAAGAAUCAUUUCAGAAUAUAUCUGAGCAGGUCAUAGAUGAGAUAGCAGGCAACUUUAGCAAAGCUAUUCACAAUUUUCAAGCUCGCAACAAACUACAGAAAGCUUGUGAGGUUCUCCAGAAAUUAACAGCCUUUCUUCCAAGACUUUCUGAAUCAACUCAGGUGAGUCUCAUCAACUCAUUUAUUUACCUGAAUGAGAAGUUGCUGAAGAAUCCAUUUCAGAACAACAGCAAAAUUCCUAUGACUAUCUGCCUCUUCUAUUCCCUCAACAACAUCACAGAAGCUGGUGAAACAAGUUGGCAGAGAUCCAUGCAUAACAGUGAGAAGGUAGAACAUGUGCUGGAAAAGCCCUUUGUGCCUCUGGGAAAGAUCCAGGAAACGUUUCUACAGCAGAAUCAGUAUUCUGGCAUUUCAGUGACUUUGACCUCCUCCGUUGCUACUCUGAUGUUGAGCAGCCAAAAUAUAUCAACUUUGCCUCUGAGUUCAUAUACUCUUGGAUACCCAGCACCUGUGCAGUUAGGUUUUCCUUCAGCGUCAGCUCUGGAGCAGCUCUUGAAUAAACACCCAGGAGUUAAUGUUCAAGUAACAGGAUUAGCUUACAAUCCCUUCAAAGACUUUGAUGAUAAAAGCAUUGUUGGAAGUGUCGGAAAUGUGAUACUAAGCUCUAACCAUAAAUUACUCCAAGUCAAUGACUUAAAGGAAGAUAUUGAGAUCAUGCUCUGGAGAAAUGUUAGCAUGGAAAAUUAUACCACCAGCCUCAACAUGAGCUCAGAUAAUUUUAUUAUCACUGUGAACAUUACUUCCCCAGAGAAAUCUCUAAUACUGAGCAUAGAGCCUGAAAUUCCCCUUUUAAUGACCCUCUACCUGGGAUUCCAGUACCUGCCUAACCACACUGAUUUCCACUUGAAUAUCACCCUUCCAAAGGAUCAGCAAUGCCAGAAAGAUGAGGAAUACACUUGGGUACUGACUCCAGAGCAUCUGCAUUAUGGGACUGGCACCUACUACCUGAGAGUGGUCUUGGAUAAAGGCCAGGAAGGUGCUCAGCAGAUGUCCAUCUUGUUCUCUGUGGUAACUGCCCUCACCCAGUGUUACUUCUGGGACAGCUACAACAGCACAUGGAGCAGUGAAGGAUGCCAGGUUGGGCUGCAGAGCACAGUUUUGAAGACACAGUGUCUCUGUGACCACCUGACCUACUUUGGCAGUGACUUCUUCAUUGUGCCCAGGACAGUGGAUGUUGGAGACACAAUCAAGCUCUUUCUUCAUGUGACCAACAACCCUGUUGGGGUGUCAUUGCUGGCCAGCCUUCUUGGAUUCUAUAUGCUCACAUUUGUGUGGGCUUGGAGGAAGGACCAGGCAGAUAUGCAGAAGGUGAAGGUUACUGUCCUGGCUGAUAAUGACCCUGACUAUCAGUUUAGCUACAUCAUUCAGGUCUACACUGGAUACCGAAGACGGGCUGCUACCACUGCUAAGGUGGUUAUCACCCUCUAUGGAUCUGAAGAACGGAGUGAACCCCAUCAUCUGUGUGACUUGCAGAAGACAGUCUUUGAAAGAGGGGGACUGGAUGUCUUCCUUCUCCGCACCAAGUCCUCUCUGGGGGAACUGCAUAGCCUUCGCCUCUGGCAUGACAAUUCUGGCGUCAGUCCUUCCUGGUAUGUAAACCAUGUCAUUAUCAUUGACAUGGCAGCUAGAAGGAAAUGGUAUUUCCUAUGCAAUUGUUGGCUGUCUGUGGACCUUGAAGACUGCCAGAAUGACCGUGUCUUCACACCAGUCUCAAAGAAAGAACUCUUUUCUUUUAGACAGCUGUUCUCCUCCAUGAUUGUACAAAAGUUCACCCAGGAUUAUCUGUGGCUCUCCAUUGUAACUCGACAUCCCUGGAACCAGUUUACAAGAGUCCAGAGGCUUAGCUGCUGCAUGACCCUGCUUCUUUGCAACAUGGUCAUCAAUGUUAUGUUUUGGAAGAUCAGUGAUUCCACAGCCAAGAGAGAUGAGCAAGAUAUGUUGGGUCUAUUUGCUGUGACCUGGUCUGAACUACUUACUAGCAUCCAAACUGCCGUCAUCCUCUUCCCAGUGAAUCUCAUAAUUGGGCAUCUCUUCCAAAUGGUUCAGCCACAGGAGCCACUGCCUCUCUUUUCGCCCACACAGGCCUCCCGCCUCCCAGAUACUUCAUUUGAGCCUCUCUCUCCCACAGAGAUAGUUGAGGAAUUAAAGGAAACAGUGGGAUUCCUACUCAAGAGAAAUACAUACUUCCUCUCAGAUUGGGAACAAUCUUCCUGGAGUUCUUGCAACAUAAGCAACCUGGUGAAACUUUUAUCCAGCCUCAUUUCCUGUCUCUUAAAGAGUCCAGGUUGUCACCAGCAGACAGAACCCUACUGUGCAAAUGUGAUUCCUGAAACCAACCAUCAUCUCUGUCAUUACCUGCUCAGAAUUCUGCAGAGGUUGCAACGUCACUUAAGCACCCAGGAUCUCACACAGGCUGACCAAUCUUGCAACUUCUUAGAUGCAGCAAGCCGACUGCAAAAACUCCAGGAACUGUUGGAAACACACAUUCUUCCCACAGAACAACAACCAGGCAGGGUGGCAACCAGUUUCCCCAUCCUGAGCCUGAAAGAAGGAAAGAAGUCCAUCUUGAACACUAGGCCCGGAUGGAUGGCUUAUAUUUGCUGGCUCCUUCUGAGUGUCACUGGCCUGGCUGCAGCCUUUUUUACAGCACUCUAUAGCCUGGAACUGAACAAAGACCAAGCCACCAGCUGGGUUAUUUCCAUGAUGUUAUCCUUUCUUCAAAAUAUCUUCAUCAGCCAGCCAGUAAAAGUGAUCUUCCUCACACUGUUACUCUCACUGAUGCUGAACAGGAUGCCCUGGCUAAACAAAGAGAAGGAGCAGCAAACAAAGAGAAUCUUGGCACUUCUGGCAAAAUGCUCAUCAGUAUCUGGUUCAAGAGAUAAGAACAACCCCAUCUAUAUAGCUCCAAACAUGUACAGACCAGUUAAGCACCCAGAAAGAACCUUGAAAAAGAAGAAACUCUUCAUGCUGACGGGAGAUAUUUUAGUGCAAAUCCUCUUCCUCAUCCUAUUGAUGACCACAGUCUACUCUGCACAGAACUCCAGUAGAUUUCACCUCCAUCAAACUAUCCGAAAGAGCUUUUCCCAGGGUUUCUCAGAGAUCAAGCUUUUUAAGCAGUUCUACCCUUGGGCUAAUCGCACCCUCCUUCCUAACCUGUAUGGCAAUUACAGAGGUAAGAACACAGACGUUCGCAUUCCUGCUGCUACAAGCUUUCCAACUACAGUCUCUCCCCAAGAACAUGUGAAGCCAUCUCACCCCGAUCAGGAGGACACAGAGAAUUAUGGGGUUAACUGGGGCCCCCUUGAUACAAACAUCACAAAGUCAGACAGCGUUUGGCAUUACCAGAAGCAGGAGACAAUAGGUGGUUAUCCAAUUCAAGGGGCAUUUGCUACCUACUCUGGAGGAGGCUAUGUGGUGAGACUUGGAAGAAACUCCAGUGCUGCAAUCAGGGUUCUACAGCAUCUUGAGCGGAACCACUGGCUGGACCACUGCACCAAAAGCCUCUUUGUGGAAUUUGUGGUCUUCAAUGCUAAUGUGAACCUGUUCUGUGUAGUGACCUUGAUUUUGGAGUCCAGCUCUUUGUUUACAUCUUUAAGACUGGACAGUUUAACUUCCCUUCAGACAUCAAAGAAGGAUAUUGCCUCUUCUGUCAUCUCACAAGUCAUCUAUUAUCUACUAGUCUGUUACUAUGCCUUUGUACAGGGUCACCGGCUGAAACAGCAGAGUUGGAGAUUCUUCACUAAAAGAAAAAACAUUCUGGAUAUAAAUAUAAUCCUCAUUAGCUUUGUCAUCUUGGGACUUGACAUAAAGCGCAUUUCUCUACAUAAGAAAAUCAUGGCACAAUACCAAGCUGAUCCUGGCAGGUUUGUCAGUUUCUAUGAGGUGAUAAAGGUGAACUCAGCUGCCAUCUACUUUAUGGGUUUUCUGGUCCUAUUGGCAACAGUUUAACUAUGGAACCUGCUUCAUCACAACCCCAGGCUACAGGUCAUUGGCAGAACACUGACCAAAACUUGGGAUGAGGUGGUGGGCUUCUUGCUGGUCAUCCUGAUACUGCUGACUGGCUAUGCCAUUGCUUUUAACCUGUUAUUUGGAUGGAGUAUUUCUGACUACCGAAGUUUUUUCAGCUCAGCAGUGACUAUUGUUGGCCACCUGGCGGGAACUGCUCAACAUAAGGAGGUUAUCGCUUUAGACCCAAUCCUGGGAUCCUUUCUAAUCCUUACAAGUGUCAUCUUAUUGGUACUUGUUAUCAUUAACCUCUUUGUUUCUGCUAUUCUGAUGGCCUUUGAUAAAGAAAGAAAGCUCCUUAAGAAAGAAGCUACACUGAUAAACAUACUGCUACAGAAAUUCUCAAGUUUGUUGGGAAUCCAGCUGCAUCAGAACAUUAAGCAAAGGAUUAUAACUGCAAGAGUGACGGAUAAAUCAACUCUGCUGCCUAGCAGCAAGUAA